AGUCACCCGGUCAAGAUGACGUCCUUGUCACUCUUUCUGUUGGCCGUAUGCCUGAUUGCGGUGCAGGCUCACGAUCUUGCAGCACAAACCUUCCAUUUUGGGCCCAGCUACCCGGCACAGCUGCAGGGCCAUCAUGGCUACAGCAUGUCAGCCCAGGCUCAUGGGCACUCCAGUCACGCAUUGCCGGCGCACCAUGGCUCGCAUACUGGUCAUGUUCACCAAGCGCAUGGGCAUGUAGUACGUCAAGGACAUGGUCAGUUCGCCGACGCUCACCUGCACCAAGUUGCCCACGGGCAUCAGCACAAUAACCACCAGGACUCUGCAGAGACUCAUUCCGCAACCGCGCCCAUUGCAUCGAAAGGGUCGGUCCCAGUCCCGAUGUGCCGUGUCAAGGUUCCCGUUCAUGCCACGGUUCCUGCUGCGCCGCCAACGUCGAACUCGGGGUCAUCUGGUAUCCAGCAUGUCGGUAAUCAUAUCGCCAAUUCCUUCAGUCACGUCUCCGGCAAGGUUGUGAACCCGGUGGUGGCGCUCUUACAGAACGCGUCUGUUUGGUUGAACCGCACCGCUCCCCAAGAUACCAAGGCCACUAGUCUUCAGCACACCUCUGUUGUGCCCCCCGCAGUGGUUAACGAAAGGCAAAGCGUUAUCAUAAAGUUCGCACAUCAGCCAAUGACCACUACUUCUGUUCCAGCACGUCCUUCAGUCGUUACUAAUGCGACCACCGCGCCCAGUCUAGAAACAGCAGUUCCAAGUUCUGUGGCCGAGGUGACGCCUCUUUCCCGCCCGACGACAAAGCUAUCGACGCUCCCUCCUGUAGUGGUAAGCACACUCGGUGCUCCUGCUCCACGCGCCCGCGCCUUUCCUGUCCAAGCCACCACAAUUGUUUCAACCGCUAUGCCCACUUCCGUCCCUGCAGAAUUAUCCUCAAACAGCAAUAUAGCAGUCCAGGUUGCACGCACAAUGGCGGUAUCGGAGUCCACCUUAAGAAGCACCGUGACGUCUCCUCGUACUACCUUAUCUACCAGGGCCCCGACUAGCACUGUUCAUACAACCUUCUCCCAAGGUCCCCUGAAUCUGCGCGCCAACUCAUUCACUAUCUCGUCGACUGACCUACCUGCUUCCAUUCCUCAAGAGUUCUCGUCCACAACCCGUGUCUCAGUGGGUACUUCAGCAGCGGUAUCGGAGUCAACCUUACCCGCCACAGUCUCAACCACCGAGACGACAGCUCAUGCAGCAUUAUCGGCUACAACUUUAACAAGCACUGACCCCGCGACCCCUACCAUAGGUUCCCUGGAUCCGCGUGCUGACGCCUUCACUGCCCUGGUUACUUCGACGGACGUGCCAACUUUUGGUCCUGUACACCGGCAGCAGGCAAAUCAGACCCCCGCAACAUCGGUUGGUACCGACGUCCCCACGCCGCUUUUCAACGAAUCUAAUACGUGGUUCGUGCCUACAUCUGCACCCAAAUAUUCUGUAGCUUCUACGUUUCCCGCGAGCGCACCCUCCGCACGGUUCACUGCAGCUGCAAGUAACGCAGGAACUACUUCAACCCCGCCCUCUACACCAUCUCUUCUGGCUACUAGGGCCCCACUGACCAUCACUACUGGAGCUGACAUAAAUGCUGCACCUGUGACACCAUCUGCUAUCACGCUUCCAGUUAUGGAACAUUCCACGACUCCCGAACGUGCCUCUCCUCAGCCUGGGUGGUCUACUGCCCUUGAAGCCCGCAAAGUCCGACCCAAAAUUCGCUCGCUGAACCAUGGCGUUUCCGGUGGGAAUGGCACCAUAUAG